UACCUCGCCUCUUGUUCAAUGUAUAAAAAAUCUCUAAAACAAGACCGCAUUGAAUGCUGAUUGACCAUGGCCCUUUAAUUACUUAGAUACGCUCAAAGACAGCUUAAAUGAGCUGCAUUAUCCAAUCGUUGGAGAGAUGACGUCAGAACACAUGCCCAUCAGCAGAAUUAUACUCGAGAUUGUCGAUACAGAGGCAAAAGACACUGAUACAUAUUCCUGUAUACUUUCAUUCUAGUAAGCUACUUCUCGAGAUCAUUGCGUUUAAAAGACAGACAUGAUAAUGCAAAGCUAAAAUUUACUUAAAGAAUUGAAAAUGGCUCAAGUGGAUUCAGUGGGACCGGAGGCUCUGCUAAAAGCCUGCAGCGACUGUAAAUUUCGUCUAGUGCGUCUUCUUGUCGAUGGAGGAACUGAUGUCAAUGUACGAAAUGACACUAACGCKACACCUUUAAUSCUCGCUUGUAAGUCAGAAAGCGCSGAGAAAKWAAAAGUYGUCGAAUUCUUAAUAAGACAUCGCGUCAAAAUGAACCUCCAAGACCUAAAUGGGAAAACCGCGCUAAUCUAUGCAUGCUUGACUAACUCUUCGGACAGACUUAUUCGUGUGUUAGUAAAUGCCAAAGCGAACCCUUGGGUCAAAGAUGAUAGUAAAAAUACCGCGUUUGACUAUGCUAUCACCGCGGGAAAUAUAGAAACUGUCAAAGUAAUGAUAGAGGCUUGUCGUGAAGGCAAGAUUUUAUCCAAGCCUGGRAGCUUCAAUAUGGAGAUGAAGCAACUUGAGGAAAAACUCGAACAGCUUCCCGAAACAAGAAAAUGCUCAUGGCCGCUAAUGGGACCGAGGAAUACCGUACACAAAGAGAAAAAAGUCUCACAGCAAUCAGACCUCUUAGUUGUAGAAGAGAAUGACGAAAGUAAAAUCCCCACACGUCAGAGAAGGCGCAAAAAAUCGAUUUGUCAUUAUGAUCCGCUAGAUAUUGGUCCGCAGAAAAAAAGAAAUGAAGAAAAUUAUACCGAAACUUUCCAUAGAUCUUUACGUAARGGCUCAUUAUCUUCUGUUGGGCGCUCGUCGUCCGAAGAUGAAAAAAUCAGUCUUCAUUUUUCGGAUUCUGAUAACUCAUCGUUCGAUAUUUCCUCAGUUCAUUUAUCAAGUUUGGAGAGAUUGAUAAAACUUCGGGACUCGGUAACUUCGUCUUUGGAAUCAAAUGACUCACUGAAUGCCCAGACCUCAGCUAUGAAACUAGAUAUGGCCUGGAAGGCGGAAAAACCCAAAGAAACAUCGUACAAAAAGGAGAAGUUGGAAGUGUCGCUUGAAGGCGCAAAAUGCAACCAACAAAAUUUUCAUGAUAGGCUAAACUUGUUGGAAGUAACAKUAAUCAAUGCUGAUGCUGAUCUCGGUCAGGAAAUUAAAGUCGUGGGAAAAMACAAAACUGAAAACUCAAAUGAAGAGAAUUUGCAAUCUUCAUCAUUUUCCCUUGGUAAGAAAACCCCAUCACCUUCAGCUAUGCGUCGAAAAACACUUGAAUCAUUCUCCGGACGUAGAGGCGACGUCAUUGACAUCGACAGCACCACGAUCGCGACGACCUGUAGUGAUAAUGCUGCUACGAGAAGAAUUACUGUAAGUACUAUGGAAAGUUCGGCACUCCUCUCAAACGAUGUGUCACCCGAAACCAAGAUAAAUAAGAAAAUAAGACCACCAGAAGGGGAUCUGAUAAACUUGAAUUUUGAAAAAACGAAGCACAGACCUCCCAGUGCCUCAAACAUCAAAACGAGUGAAUCUUUUAAAGUCGAUUUAUGUAAACCACUCAAUUUACCGAUAAUUUUCCAGCCAGAUGAACGUGAAGGUAGCAAGGAGUUCAAAGGAAAAAAGUUGGCAGUAAAGUCAAUGGAGAAAACUUCCGUGAGGAGAACUUUAUCCGACAGCAUGUGUCAAAGCAAGCGAGGAGAGGCUAUCAUUACAAGAAGUGACAACCGUCUUGGCGUGGGAUGCAGCUCAUUGUUUACAAGGGAUUCAAAUACUGUCAGCUCGCAAGCAUACGCAAGUUAUCGCGAGAGAAGUGCAUCAUCUCCAAUGACUCCGACGUCUGUAAAGAGAGAUGUUUUAUCUACACGUUGCGAUGAUAUCACAUCAUCAGAACACCGUUGUKUCAGUUCUCAGUAUACCCUGGCAGGGGACUUGCCAGACCUGACGCUUCAUUCAYCAACGCUCUCUCACUUUCCUAYAAGUACCGAACUUGCAAAACACGAGCUUCUGCUUAAAAGCUCACGUCUYUCUCGAUUCGCAUCACCGGAAAUUCUCGAGAGGGAAAACGGAAAUCAAAACCAAUUUAGGUCAAACAGUUUCUCCAAUCUACCGGAAUUAGUCAACACUAACACAAGAAGCCCAAAGGAGAAACGUGCUGCGUUGUUGCCCCCAUUGAAUAUAUCACGGAAGUCAAAUGAUUCUGAGGAAGGGUACUUCUCGUGUUCGCCUUCACCUCUUGAACUCGAAAGUCCAAGUAGAGGCACAGAAAAGUCGAAGUAUUCGUUUAAACCUUUAUCACCUAGAUUUGUCAAAAGACCGGUAAAAAAUGUACUUCCAUGAGGGUGCAGUGAACACCAAUCUGACUUAAGUCAAAAGACUUACAAUCAUUAACAAAGAACAACGGCCGACCUGCAAAUAGCAAAUGAACUAAUKUUAGCAGUUAGGGUGAGAUUCUUUAUUCACAUAGAUGUUAAGGRCUAAAUACCAUGAAAAAUAUCUGGAAAUCGAAAUAAAUUAAAAUGUUUGAUUUAAGGACGUUCGAGGGCAUUGCUAYUGCGCACGCUUUCUGCGCACGCCAAAACCGGAAGUUGUCACGAAAUUUGCAUCAAGCAAAACAAAGAUGGCGAUCGCUCUUGUUAUGUGUUUG